AUGUAUGUGAAAUGGUUUGAUACAGUAAUGUUUUACUAUGUGAUUUUAAUGUAUUGCGUGAAUGUCACUUUUUGCCAUUUUUAAAUUUCCCACCAGUUCCGUCCCCGUACGUCCUGACGUCGCAGGGAACGGAACCCAGAAGACAGAUGCCGGCAUCCGCCGGAGGACAUUGCACGGGACGCUGCAGGGGGGACAUUGCGGGAGCGAAGGACAAGGUAAGUGCAGAAGGCAACGCUGCAAGGUAUUCCCGAGUGUAGCUCGGGGUUACCACUUGUGCUACACUUGGAAAUACCGCCAGGGAGGU